AUGUCGGGAUGUACCUAUAAACUUCGGUCAAUUCUGCUUCGCACCAAUGAUCCGCCAAGGAAGCUUACCACGUUUAUCUCCUUGCCGAUUGACUACGGCUAUCUAGCAUUCCGCGCCACGAAUUCUCCAAAAUCCGAGCCCUCUAAUAAUACUUCUCUCCUUAAAAAGUCCCCACAUCAAUCCUCUUUGUGCCUUCAAGUCGCAAAGCCGCCAAUGUCUUCCCCAAACACGGGUGAUAACAACGCGUCCCCAGUCGCCCAAGCCACGUCCGCAACGACUCUCCAGACCCCUAUCCAGGCAGGUGCUCCUCCGGUGAUAGACGUCUCUACCGCUAAAGUAGUCACACCAAAUGCCAUGCAGGUGCACUCACAAGAACCUGUCAUCAAUGUCGUGACAGUACUUACCCAAUCGACUCACCCCCCGGGGACAGACCAUAGACCGCCUGCUCCUUGCCAAACCCACAGCGAGGCUAGCUCAGUCGUCCACGAGUUCUUUGAGCCGCAAUGGAGUGUCCAGAGCGGGUAA